AUGAUUUCAGACGACGAGAAGAGAAGACUGCGUGCUCUGAAAAAGGAGCAGAAACGGCUCGAGCAGGAGCAUUCUGAAGGGAAAGCAGUGCAGCUCUUCAUUCGUCGUCCCCUCGUCGAGCUUCCGCGCACCCAGCCCGUGCAAAACACCUUCACCAUCAUGUCCUACAACCUGCUCGCACAGGCCCUGAUCCGACGCAGUCUCUUCCCCGACAACGGCGCAAUACUCAAAUGGAAUAAGCGGUCCGAGGCUCUGCUAGCGGAAUUGGAGUACUACGCCGCAGAUAUUAUGUGUUUGCAGGAGAUGGACUAUAUCCAGUACAACAGUUACUGGAGCCCCAAACUAGCCCGGUUGGGCUACGAAAACAAGUACUAUAGAUCUGGCACAAAAAAUCACGGCGUCGCUGUUUUCUACAAAGCGUCCAAAUUUACUCUUGUUGACUCAUCAUUUAUGGACUACGACAAGGUGGCCACCAACGGCAUUGUUCCACGCACUGCCACGCAGAACGUAGGACUGCUGGUCGCCUUGCAGCCAAAAAACCGGCCCGAAAGCGUCCUUGUGGUCGGUACCACGCAUCUGUUCUGGCAUCCGUAUGGCACAUACGAAAGAACACGCCAGACAUACGUGGUUUUGCAAUCGAUGCUGGAAUUUGAGAAACGGGUCAAACUUUUGCACCCAAAUCUCGCCAAAACGUACAAAUUCUUUGCCGGAGACUUCAACUCGCAGCCUUAUGACUCGCCAUAUCUGUCGAUCGUCCAGAAACCGAUCACCUACAACGCACGCUGUUUGAACGUUAUUUCCUGCUCGGCCUCGUACGACUAUUCCAACCAGGACGGCAACGAGCACGAGACGCCUGUCCCAGACGAAUUUGAGCCCAAUGAGGAGCAGCGCAAAAUGGUCCAUGACAUGGAGAACCUACACAACUCGCUCCCUGCGCGCGCCAUCUCUCUGUACUCGCUGGGCUACCAUCUAGUUGACCCGAAAAACGCCGGGCUAGACAACGACCGCAACGAACCUUUUUUUUCUAACUGGGCACACACCUGGCGCGGCCUCCUCGACUACAUCUUCUUUGUGACCGAGUGGGAUGGCUCGGAUUGCACUGCACCUGACAAACUUGAGGAUUUUGAGGCCCGGCACGGCGUCAUUUUAAAGAGCUUGCUGAAGCUGCCGCACCCCACGGAAAUGGAUAAGGGCCAGCCACGCGAGGGCGAGUACCCGAGUGACCACCUGUGUAUAAUUGCCGAGGUCGCAUUACGCUAA